AUAUCACAAUUUUUAUCGUGAGAUAGUAAUAUAUAAAACUUGGAAGUGUUAUGCUGAAGCUAUCUGAUUUAUUCUAUCACACUCAGUUGUCUCUUUCUACAUGACGUUAUCAUGGUGCAAAAAGAAUUGAAUUUAGCUCGAUCACUUUUAGUGAGAUAUAAACCGUGACAGUGUUGAUAUCAUUUUUUCUUUUCUGUGUUAUAAGAAAACAACAUGACAACUGAAAUUUUACAUCCAUCCUGGCUAAAUUUAGAUUUUUUUUACACAAUCUUGCGAAAUAUUAAGCACUUCCGGGAGUCAACAGAUUCAAUCCACAUAAGUUCAAUUCAUAUUGAACCUGCUACAGCUGCAGGAGAUAACUAUAUGUCUAGUAUUUACAGAGUUUUUGUAGAAUUCUGCCACAACUCUGACAAAAACGAAAGACAUUCCUUGCCUCUUAUUGUGAAAUUAUUACUUCAGGGUGGACCCAUUGAAGAAAUUAUAGAGCAGUACAAUGCUUUCCCUAAAGAGAUCAUAGUAUAUUCAGAAUUAAUUCCAGCAUUUGAAGAUAUUUGGGAAAAAGCAGGUUAUCCUGUGCAAUUUGGUCCAAGAUGCUUAUUCACUUCAGAGAAUCCCAAUUCUGUGAUUGUCAUGGAUGAUCUUAAGGCAAAUGGCUAUAAGAUGAUACCUCGACAGAAGGGUUUGACUGUAGAUGAAACUAAAAUUCUUAUCGCAAAAAUAGCUAAAUUUCAUGCAGCUUCAGUUAUUCACUAUGAUGAGAAUGGUCCAUAUAAUAAUUUGUUCAACGAGGGAAUUGCCCGGAUGGACGUUAAAGAAGGAAUGAGUCAAUACUACAAUACAAUGUAUCGUGGAAUGAUGGAAAUGUUAGAAAAUAUGGAUUUUGCAGCCCCUUAUGUACCAAAAUUGAAAAUGUGGGAAAAUAAAAUAUUUGAUACACUCUAUCGGUUAACCCAAGCUGAAAGCAAUUCCUUCAACGUCAUGAAUCAUGGAGAUGCCUGGACCAACAAUCUUAUGUUCAAACAGUCAGACGGAGUGUCUGAAGUCCUUCUAGUAGACUUUCAACUGAGUUCCUGGACUUCUCCAGCUUAUGAUAUUCUCUACAUUAUCUUCAAUGCAUGCAACAUCGACAGCAUUAUCAACCAUUUUGAUGAUUUAGUGCAAUUUUACCAUUCAGAACUCUUAAACAAUUUUAAGAAACUCAAUAAACCUCAAAGAACACCGUCAUUUAAUGAGAUAAAUAGUACAAUUCAUCGCAAGGGAUUUAUAGGAGCUAUGAUGAUUGUAGAAUCAGUUCCAAUUAUGAAGUCUGACCCAGACUUUAAGAUUCAAUUGGAACUUUUAGUGAAUGAAAAUGAAAAAGGAAUUGCAUUGAAAAGAAAAAUAUUUAGUGCUGAGCAUAUACAAGAAAUCUACAAGAAAUUGUUACCUUUCCUUGAUGAAAGAGGAUUCUUAGAUAUUCCUGUAUAAAAUAUAAGCUCUAAAUAGAGUUGUAUUAUAAUAUUCAUUGUUUUCCUAUAACAAAAGCAUUUCUAGAAUUUCUAGAAAAAAAAUAAAUAAGAAAAUGAGAGAUUUAUUUGGUUU